UCGCACAGGUCGACAGCAAGUGGAGGUCCUGGAAUAUCAAGUUUUUCAUGUGUUUACUGUCACCUUAAGAACCCUCUGGAUGACUGCGGCCCUUGGGCCUUUCGGUGCACCAUGAGGGUAAGAAGCAGUGCUCCACUGGCAUCUUGUAUGUGGAGCACCCGGGAGUUUGGGAGCAUCAAGAUGCUGAAGCAGCUACUGCGGACUUCAGCCAGGAAGCCAGCACUGCAGUGCCUCCAUCCCCAGCAUGGACUUUUACACGCCCCAGUCCAACCGACGUCACAACCCCGUGGACAGCAUCUGCCGUAAGCUGCAGACCAUUCAGUGGCGCGGUGACCGAGAGCCCAAUUCACCGUUUCAGAUUCCCAAACUGUCCUCCAACAACUACGACAGCCCGCAGAGUGGCCUCCGGCACAACCUGGAGACCAUCCUGAAGAAGGGGAACCUCCACAGGGACGAGGGCGAGAGGGGGAAGGACAGGGCUGGAGGGAUGGGUACCGCGGCUUCCCAGAGGGGCGGCCUGCGACCCUCCGUCCCUCCGUCCACCCCCUCCACGCCAACCAACGUCACGUACAGUAUCACCAGCACCCUAGGGGAGAGGAGAGGCGCCGACGGGAGUGAUUUAAGGCCAGUUAAGACGUGGCAGAAGUAUUGCUCCACGCCAACAGGCCAGGCCAGAGACACGCCUUACUUCACGUUCACACGAGGGCCACAGUCGGCGCAGCCCGAGAGCGAGAGGCCGGACGGGAGGCCGGACGGGAGCCCUUCUCUGAGCCGUACGUUCACCCCAGACCACAGCACCCUCACCUACAACCUCAACUUCUGCUCAGCGGACACGGGGAACUCGGCGGAGUGUGAGCUGUCCUACCCAGCUCUGGUGGUGAAGAGGCUGUCGAUGGGCGAUGGCGGAUCCUCGAUUACCUCUGAGAACAGGAAGGAAAAUAUGGCAGAAAUCAGCCUAAUCUGUGAGGAGAAUCUACUCGAUACCAUCUUCCACGCCUGCGACACCCAGCGCCGAGGUCGAGUGUACGUGUCUCACAUUGUGGACUUCCUGCGACACACCACCAGUCGCACCUCACAAGACAGUGGACUAGAAGACCUUUGCAACAUGCUCGAUCCAGAGCACAAAGACGUCUCCAUCGACCUGGAUACGUACCAUGCAGUCAUGAAGGAGUGGAUCGAUGACUGCCGCAGCAAGGGCGAAGAGACAACGGAUGACCACACUCAGGACUCAUUCAAACUCAGGGAGAGCCUGUCUGCCAAGAGGUCCAUGCUGCUGAACAUAACUUCAGGAAGUUUGGAGGCCUUUGGCGGGGAGGCAUCCAGAGCAGAAUUUGAGACAUCAGAACUGGUGUACUGUGUUGCUGACCUUCAAUUGAGCAACCAAAAGCUCCUGGAGGAGGUAAGGAAGCUGAAGCAGGUGGUGGAGGGCAUGGAGGACGGCAACCAGAAGCUGGCAGAGGAGAACGAGGAGCUACGCAAUCAAGCCAGGGUUAACCAGCAGCUGGCCCAGAAAGAGAAGAUGCUGAAAGAAGAGGUGGAGGAGAUGAAGGCCACUCUGAGCUGUACGGAGGACGGCAGAGCCCGUGCGUCAGCACACAGCAAAAAUGUGGAGAGAGAGAACCAGGGUCUUAUUGCCAAGAUCGCUUCUCUUCAGGAAGAGAACUUCAAGGUCACCGUGGAGACAGACGCGCUUCAGAGGAGGAUAACAGAGCUGUGUGACAUUAACGCUGACCUUCAGGUGCAAAUUCACGCUUUUGAUGCUAUUGUUGGUGAAAAGGAAGCUGUGAUACAAGAGAAGCGCAGACAGAUCAGUGAGCUGAAGUCAACAGUGGAGGAAUACUCCUCCAUCACAGAGCUUCUGAGGGCAGACAAGAGCAAGCUGGAGAACCAGAUGCAGAUGAUACACCCAGAGCUGUCAGGGGCUGGUAUGUCCCUUUCAGUGGCCUUCAGGUUGAACCAGAGCAGCUCUGGAUCCCUGCAGACAGAAUUGGCUCUGGCACAGUCACCACCGGGGACUUCCCAUGUAGUUGACCAUUUGUCCACCACUAUGAGCUACACCUCCCCGUUGGAUGAGACAUUGGACAAGGAGGUGUUGUUGAUGCUGCAGGGACCCAACCCUGAACACAUGGCUCUGGAGUUCAAGAACCUCAUAAGUACACUGAAAAAGGAUUUCACAGAAGAAACCAACUUGGUCUUGUCUACAGCUGGAAGCAACAGAGACACUGACCUCCAGACGGUGCAAGCAGAGCUGGACGCGAGAAGGGCCGACUGGGCCCUCAGCCUAGACCAGCUGGCCCAGUACACAGACUCCCUGGAGAAGGAGCUGAUCAAAAUGGCCAGCAACAUGAGGAGGUCCCGCACGGAGAUCCUGCACCUUUCAGUGAGGGUGCAGGAGCAGGAGAACCAGAAGCGGCAUCUAUGUGACGAGCUGGAGCAGCUGAAGACCCCUCAGGACAGCAGAGAGGCAUCAUGCCAGACACCUGCACCAGACGAGCCUGGCGAUGACUUGGACUGGGAUGAGGAGUUUGCCCUUCAAGAUUUCCUGAAGAAUGAGUUGGCAGAGAGGAAUUGCAAAGAACAGGGCGGGCAACCACAAAGAGGUGAAGACGAGUAUGUGGAGGAGAAGUGGACGGUGGUGGACACGGCUGGGGAGGGAGAAGUGAGGGACACGUCCACCCCUCUGUCUGCCCUCUCUGGGGAGGCCCAGCAUGCAACAGUCGGGGCUCAAGACACUUCAGCCUGUACAGAUUCUAAUCCGGAGGUGAGCUGUCAGGAGGAGGCGGCGGCAGUGCCAUUGAGCGCCCACUCACAAGCUGUCAGCAUUAGACACUUAGAGGCGGAUGCUCCUGCUGAUCUGCUCCACUCGGAGAACAACGAUGCUCUACAGACUGCAGAGUCUCCCUCCUGUGGCCAUGCCCAUGAUCUGAACACAUCUGAACAGGGCCCAAUGGUCCCACUUAGUGGCACUCCCCCAUCACCUGGACAAGAUGAGACUAUUACCCCGACUGAGAGCACCCAACCGACCUGUGAGGAUCCCUGCGGAGAAGAGAACGAGAGCAAUGUGGACUUGAGUACAGGAAUCAUGAUAUGCACAAAGAGCCUGACCCGGGACCAGUCAGCAGACAGAUCGGCAGCGGAGGACAACACGUGCCUGCUACCUGUGUUGGUUGAAGAGGAGGAGAGCAUGCAGGACGGCACAGCCGAGGUUCCAACAGUAGCCGCCAGCAUGGAAGAGACGGGCUGGCUCACGAGCAGCGGAGCGACCGCCUUCUCUGACAGCAGCCCCUCUCAGUUGGGAUCCUCUAUCACACAUGCCAGCCAAUUGGGGAGCGUCACCACCGACCCCAGCCAACCGGAAGAUAGUGCAGUCAAAAAGGACUCCCUACCCCUAUCUGGCAAAAAUAAGCGGGCACUGGAGCUGUCAGGCAACAUGGAGGGCAUCAAUGAGCCCAAGGCCCAGGAGGACCCGACUGAGACCAUCAUGGCUACUGAGAAGCCAUCUGAGGCGUUAAUGACUCCUGAUGCUGGUGGCACUCCAAAAGACGACAAGAAGAGCCCGUCACCUAAUGACAAGGAGAUUGAGUAUGUGUCCAGCAGUCAGGGCCAAAAUGGAACAGAACCGUUUUUUCAGGCCGAAUUCCAGCGUCUGGCAUUGGGCUUCAAGUGCGACAUGUUCACCUUGGAGAAGAGAGUCCGGCUGGAGGAGAGGUCACGUGACCUUGCAGAGGAGAAUGUCCGCCGGGAGGUGUCCAGCUGUCAGGGCUUACUGCAGGCUCUGACACCUUUGUGUGAGGAUGACAGUCAGUCCAUGGAGAUAAUCCAGAGGCUCCAAAAGAACCUUGACAUUCUCAUCCAGUCCAUGAUCAGAGUGUCCAGCCGCUCUGAGAUGCUAGGAGCUAUUCACCAGGAGAGCCGUAUUGGUAAGGCUGUGGAAGUGAUGAUCCAGCAUGUGGAGAACCUGAGGAGGAUGUACACCAAGGAGCAUGCUGAGCUGCUGGAGCUGAGAGAGGCCCUUAUGCAGAACGAGAGGUCGUUUGGAUCACAAACAGAAAGAGAUGACUUCCGAGGCAAGAAGCAGACCACGCAGUACUACAAGCAGUCCUCAACCCGGCGGGUCAGCAUAGCAGGAAUUCCCCGCUCUGGGGGAGCAAACAUGCACUUUGACAUGUCCAAACCACAGGACGGCUCAGAGACUGAAACGGAGAGACUGACCAGGCGAUCCCCCUGGAAUGUGGCGGGGAAGAGCACUGCGCGCCCCCCACUAAAGCGCUUUGUUAGCUCUGCGGCCUGGGUUGAAACUGAAGAGCACUCUCUCAUGAUGAAGGGGACGCCCUACGACAACAUAGACGGCCAGUUGGAGGACGAGCCAAAGGAGGAGCCGGUGGCAGAGAGGAGGAGGUCCAGUCUCAGUGAGCUGGGCAGCAAACUCACCUCCCUCAUAAUGCCCCUCAAGACGAGUCAGGAUGAGCUGUUCGUGAUGCUUCCGAGUCCCUCCUCCAGCCCUGCGUCCACAGAUGCAGGAGUGGCCCAGUCACUGUCCCAAAGCCUGACCCCUUCCCGGGCGGUUGCAGCUGUAGCCAGAGGUGGCAGGGGUCUCUGGCUUUGGUUGGCGAUGGUGGUGGUGCUGGCAGGUCUCCUGGCACUGCUGGCCAGCCUGGUGAUGCAGCCAGCAGUCGAUGCAGCUCCUGUGGGGACCGGGGACUCCUGGAUGACCAUCCAGCAGCUUCUGUGGCCCUAUGCGGGGCUCCGGCAUAACGGACAGCCCCCCGUCUAGGCCCUGGGCUGGAUUGUGUUACACACCCCCCGCCCCCCAUCAGCCCCAUCAGCCGUCUGGAGAAAUGAUAUGUGCACUCGGGUGGUGACGAUGAAGAGAACAGUGUACACCUUCUGAGCGAGGCUGUUGGGACGAUUACUGGCGUCUGGAGAUUCCUGAAAACAAGACAGGCCUCAGGGGAUAGUUAACCCUUUGGAGGGUUUUAUGCAUCACAUCACGUUUGCUAAAUUAGUCUGUGUGUGUGUGUUUGUCUGCGUUUUAAGAGAAUAAGCAGUUGGGAGUGAUGGAAACCAGUAUCCUUUUACAAGCUGCCUCAACAUGUCCUCAACCCAUUAUGAUGCAGGCUUGGUGAGUUAUCAGAACGUACAAUGUUGACCAAUCAUGUCACAACUUCAUCAGAUGGAAGGCCGUCGUGGGCGAUGGCUCCAAUUGUGCCACAUGUCGUUUAAAAUACAUUUCAUGCGCUUGAGGAAACAGGAGGGGGGUCUACCAGCCUUUUUAAUGGAAUUUAUAACUUAAGUCUAUGAACACUGGUAAUACAACUUGGUGUGUUUUAAAAAUCUAUUUAUAAGUUUGUUAAAUUGAGGAUUUGUGAAUAUCUUUUUGUUAAGUUAAAAUUAUGCAUUUUACAGUCAUAACACCAAAGUUUUUUUUAUUUUUAUUUUCCACUCUUAAUUCUUGCUGUGGUUGUCACUGUUUUCAACUUCAGAUACUUUUGUAUGUUCCAAAGAAUAUGCGUGGAACUUUGCACAAAUAAAGUAGCCUAUUCU